AUGGCUAGCCCACCACCCGUCACCGAGGAUCAGAACCGCCUCCUCGAAGAGGCAUUGGGGGUGGUGAGGCAGCAGUCAAGUCUGAUGCGCAAAUGCCUGGAAACCCCUGGCAAGCUCAUGGAUGGGCUCAAAUGCGGGUCAACUCUCGUCUCUGAAUUGCGAACUCCAAGUCUCGGCCCAAAACAAUAUUAUGAAUUGUACAUGGCCGUCUUUGAUGCAUUGCGACAUCUAUCCGUCUACUUAAAGGAGAACCACCCCGUCAACCACCUCGCCGACUUGUACGAACUCGUCCAAUAUGCCGGCAAUAUUGUCCCUCGACUGUACCUCAUGAUCACUGUAGGCACUGUCUACAUGUCGGUUGAAGAUGCGCCGGUCAAGGAAAUUAUGAAGGAUAUGAUGGAGAUGAGCCGAGGUGUCCAGCACCCAAUCCGUGGCUUGUUCUUGCGGUACUAUCUCUCCGGUCAAGCCAGAGAUCACUUACCGUCAGGAUCCGGCGACGGUCCGGAAGGCAACAUGCAGGACUCGAUCAACUUUGUCCUGACAAAUUUCGUGGAGAUGAAUAAGCUCUGGGUUCGACUUCAGCACCAAGGUCCUUCCCGGGAGAGAGAGCGGAGGAUUCAAGAACGACGCGAACUGGAGCUACUUGUUGGUAGUAACGUGGUCCGCCUGAGUCAGCUCGUGGAUCUCGAGGGAUAUAAGAACGGAAUUCUGCAGGCGCUUCUGGAGCAGGUUGUACAGUGCAGAGAUGUUCUCGCGCAAGAAUAUCUCCUGGAAGUUAUCACAAAGGUGUUCCCGGAUGAGUUCCAUCUCCACACCCUUGAUCUGCUGUUAUCAGCAAUCGCCGGACUCAACCCACAAGUCGACCUUAAGAAAAUUGUCAUUGGACUAAUGGAUCGUCUUUCUUCAUAUGCCGCAAAGGAAGCAGAGGGAGCCGCGGAGCCAGAAGCCAAGAAACAGAGCGAGGAAGAAGCCGUCACUCGCUUAUUGGAGAAGCUUGAGCUUGCGAAAGAAAACAAAGCUACAGAAUCAAAGGAUAAAGGUCCCGCCAAAGACUUGGACGAAGGUUCCACCGAAGAGACCGCCGAAGAGACAACAAAAGAGGGUUCAGAAUCUCUCCAGCCCGCGGCGCAGGAGAACAAACCCGAGAAUGGCGAUGAUACGAAGCCAGGAAUCCCAGCGGAGGUCAAAUUGUACGACAUUUUCUACGACCAGGUGGUCAACCUGAUCAAGAGGCGCGCACUGCCGAUUCAAGAUACAAUGGCGCUAUUGGUAUCACUCGUCAACUUGGCCUUGAAUAUCUACCCAGAACGGCUAGAGUAUGUCGACCAGGUUCUGGACUUUGCAACACAAAAGACCACUGAGUACACAGAUCAUGCCGAUUUGCACUCGGCAGUCACUCAGCAGCAUCUUCUUCAUCUCCUCAACGCCCCGCUCAAAUCCUAUAUUUCCAUCUUUACAGCCUUAGCACUGCCUCACUAUUUGCCACUUCUGGCUUCUCAGUCAUACCCUACCAGGAGGGCUGUCGCCAGCGAGAUUCUCCGCAGUCUUUUGAGAAACAGGAUCUUGGUCUCAACAACAGAAAACCUGGAUCGUGUACUUCAGGCCGUCAGAGUUUUGAUCAAAGAGGGCUUGCAACAGUCAACUGGGUACCCCGGAGCGCAAUCACAGCGACGGGGAGGCGAGACCGACGAAACAGUCGAGGAGCAAGGAUGGCUUGCAAGACUUGUGCACUUGCUCCAGGCAAAGGAUAAUGAUACACAACUUAAGCUUCUUCAAGCAACCCGCAAAGCAUUCGCUGAUGGGAAUGAGCGUAUCCGCUAUACUACUCCCGCAAUUGUGACAGCCUCUAUUCGAUUGGCUCGCAAGUUGAAAUCCCGUGAGCACUACGACGACAAUUGGCAGUCACAAUCAUCGGCUUUAUACCGCUUCACUCACCAGGCCAUCAACAGUCUGUACCAGCGUGUCAAUUCAGGAUGCGCAGACCUGGCACUGCGGCUGUUUGUGAUGUGUGGCGAGGUUGCGGAUCAGACGGGCUUCGAAGAAGUCAGCUACGAAUUCUUUGCGCAAGCAUUCACCAUCUACGAAGACGCGAUCAGUGACUCGCGUGCUCAGUUCCAGGCCGUAUGCAUCAUCUCCGGGGCUUUGCACGGAAGUCGGGGAUUCUCCAAGGAGAAUUACGACACACUUAUCACCAAGGCUGCAUUGCACGGAAGUAAGCUUCUGAAGAAGCCCGAUCAGUGCCGCGCCGUUUACCUCGCAAGUCACUUGUGGUGGGUUGUUGAGAACCCUCAACGUGGAGAGGAUGAUCCCAAGGAUCUAUAUCGUGAUGGGAAACGAGUCCUUGAGUGCCUCCAGCGGGCCCUACGUGUCGCCGAUGCCUGCAUGGACACUGGCGUCUCUGUUGAACUCUUCGUCGAGAUCCUCAACCGCUACGUGUACUAUUUCGAUCAGCAGAACGAAACUGUCACCACAAAGUAUCUGAACGGCCUCAUUGAACUUAUCCACUCCAACCUACAGAGCAGCGAGAGUGAAUCAAACUCUAGCCUCGAUGCCCCAAAGCGUCACUUCGAGCGCACACUGGAAUACAUUCGCUCUCGGGAGUACGAGGGCAUCAUCACCGAUCCUCCCAAAUAA